AUGGAAGCGGCACGACGCAUUUUUGGGAAACUGCUUUGGGUGACGGCGAAAGACAGUAAGAUGUCGGAAAUAGAAGCAAAGGAUCAAACACCUGCUGUUAAUCAACGACAAAAAUUUUCGUCAUGGAGAACAGUUGUGCUCAGCAUCCUUGUGGUCGGCGCAGUUGCCUUUACAUGGGCGAUGUCAACACAGUUCAGCAAAACAGCUCUGGUGAUUGACCGCGAACAUUUCUAUGGACCUUACUCGAUGAUGUGGUUUAAUACAAAUUUCAUGAUGCUAUGCUAUCCGGUCUUUCUACUCUCCGAAGUGAUCUCAAGACGAACUUGGCGCAAGGCUCACGAAGAUGCGUCGUCAAUUUUUGGUCGCCGAGGUCUUCAUCCUUAUACGCUCCUUGUUUGCGUCUCACCGUUCCUCUUAUUCUGGAUAGGGGCCAAUUACACUUAUAGUGCUUCUUUGUUAUACAUUUCGCCCAGUGUGGCCACUUCGAUCUCAUCAUGCAAUGCUGCUAUGGUUUAUCUCCUUGCCAUUCUUCUGCUGGGAGAUAAAUUCGUGGCUAUGAAGUUAUUAUCCGUUGCAUUCGCAAUCGUUGGUGUGGCCGUGAUUUCCUUGGAUGGUGGAAUGCGUGGUGCAUGGCAAGGCAUCCUUCUAUCCGUCUCUUCAGCUGCAUCGGCAGCGUUGUACAAAGUGCUGUUCAAAAGAUUGAUGGGAAGUGCUAAUCUGGGGCAAGUAUCGCUUUUUAUGUCCUGUCUCGGACUGCUCAACUUUCUCUUCAAUUGGAUUCCAGUACUGAUUCUUCUACUCACCCGUGGUGAAUACAUUGAAAUCGCAUAUGUACCAUGGGGACCAGUGUUGGGUGCUGCAGGGCUGUCAUUGUUGUUCAACUUCUUUAUCAAUUUCGGGAUCGCACUUUUACACCCUCUUGUUGUCUCUGUUGGUAUGCUAAUGGGAAUUCCUCUAAACACAGUUAUCGACGUGCUGUUUCGACACGUGCCGGCGACGGCGAGUUUUAUUGGCGGUACAGGGCUGAUCAUCUUCUCAUUCAUCCUUAUAAUCCUUCCCUAUGAACUAAUUUGUCGAGGGAAGACGGAACAGCCAAUUGAGAGGUUCGACACCUAUGUAACGCGAAUGCAGGAAUUACCGGAUCAUAUACAGAAAGCGUUCCGAAGGAUGACUGACUACGGCUCCGCAAAUCGAGGAGAAUAA